AUGGCCGACUAUUUGAAAAGUCUCUUUGCAGCCCAGAAACCUCCACCGCCCGCAAACGAAGACGACUUCGCAGACUUUGCCAGAGUCCCAGAUCCUUCCCCUGCUUCCAUCUCGCCUGUCACUCCGCAACCAGCAGCUGCAGCAGGAGCCUCACCUACCGGCGCAACAGAUGUCGUCUUCACCAAAUGGUACCGUGUCUGGGAACGAACGAGCCCCUCAGAUUUCUACGCUGAGGCUGUCAUUCUACCCUUCGUCAUCGUGAUCAUAGGGCUGCAUAUAUGGGGUCGCCGGACAAACAAGCGAAAAGCAAAAGCGUGGAUCGCAGCUCAUGCGCCAGCGCUCGAAAAGGAAUAUGCUUCCGUUGGGUUUGGAGGGAGGAGAGCUCCAACAGUGGACGAUGUACAAUCGUCCGGCUUAGCCAAAUCAUUGACAUCGGACGACCUGGUUAUUCCGCAAGAGUUGUUGAAAGAGAAGACAGCGCAGGAGUACGUGACGUAUGCGACUGGGCGACAGAAUGUCGCUUUCACGGACAUCAACGUCAAGCUGUUCAAGAGGUACAAUCCAGCGACUCUCAUCAUGGAAUUCAUCCUCGGCUUCCUGUUCGAAUCUUUCGCUACACCUGCGGAGAGGAUGGAGGCCACUUCCUACGCUUUCGACGGUCGAGAAAAGGAUCUUGUGCCUGCUCAGAAUCAACAGCAGUUGGAAGCGAUUGAGGCGCAGGCGAAGAGCAAGAGCUCCAUCUACGAUCAAUUCGUCUUUGCCGUGGUCCACAAAGACUUGAUGCGAAAGAUCCGGGACGAUCGCUACGACAUCUCUCUUACAAGCACGAAAGAUCAUGCUAAACUGCCAGUUUGGGCUACUACCAUGAGCGAGAGCGCAGAGGUCACAGAGAAGCUUCUUACCGCUGACCUGGUCAAGGCGGUCGCAAGUGCCGGCGAAGCUUUUGAGUAUCUGGUGGUGACCGAUCAGCCACUGGACAAACCAUCGAAACUCAAUGACACUAACCCCCGCAAACGCCUGUCCCUCUCCCUCCGCAUCCCUUCUCCCUCCCAAGCUUCAGCCUACGACCCUACACUCCCCAUCUUCAGCUACUUCCUGCGCUUACCCGACCUCCUUGCGCAAAACGCACAUUUUCGUCCCGAAGUCAGCCGCAAGAUCCGUUCCGUGCGCGAGGAUGAACAGAAGAAGUUGAGAAAGCUGAGUGACGAGGAGAAAGCGGAGGAAAGGAGACUCGAGGGUGAGAAGAAGAAAAAAGAGAUGAGGGAUAAUAAGUUGAAAGGCAUGAGCGCGGAGGACCAGAGGGAUUUCCUGGAAAAGGAGAGGAAGAGGAGUGGGAAGAAGCAGGAGAAGAAGAUGAGUAGGAAGGCCUAA